UUGUGAUGUUAUUAUCAAUUAUAGAAAGAAGAAGAAUUUUUGACCAUAAACUAUUUUAGGGAGUUUUUGGCGAUUUUGUUAAUUUCUGCGGGCAGCAAUUUAAAAUAAGGAACGGGUCAUGGGAAAAAUAGAAGAAAAAUUUAAACCAAAAAAGAAAGCGAAAGUGAAGGCGUUUUCAAAAAAGCCCAAAGGGUCAGAGAAGUUACUAAUAGAACAGCUGGAGUCCAAAUACCAAACUAUCGACACCACCAAAAUCACCAAGUUCUCGGAGUUGCCGCUAAGUCAAAAAACAUUAAAGGGUCUGAAGGAAUGUAAAUACUUUAAGCUCACAGAUAUUCAAAGGGAAUCCAUUAGUUUGGCACUACAGGGCAAAGAUAUUCUUGGUGCUGCCCAAACUGGCUCUGGAAAGACAUUGGCUUUUCUGAUACCUAUUUUGGAAGUGUUAUUUAUUAAACAGUGGACAAGGCUGGAUGGUGUGGGUGCUGUUGUGAUUACUCCAACCCGGGAACUGGCUUACCAAAUCUUUGAGACAUUGCGGAAGAUUGGACAGCAUCAUGAUUUCUCGGCUGGACUUAUCAUCGGGGGAAAAGACCUGAAAUUUGAACAAAAACGUAUGGACCAGUGCAACAUCGUGAUUUGCACCCCUGGGAGACUUCUUCAGCAUAUGGAUGAAAAUCCCUUGUUUGACUGUGUCAAAAUGCAAAUUUUGGUAUUGGACGAGGCAGAUAGGUGCUUGGAUAUGGGUUUUAAAGCAACAAUGAAUGCAAUUAUUGCAAAUUUGCCAUUAAAGAGGCAGACUCUGCUAUUUUCUGCCACACAAACAAAAUCCGUGAAAGAUCUUGCCCGUUUGAGUUUAAAGGACCCCUCGUAUGUUAGCGUCCACGAGGCAUCGACACCAAAGGAAUUGGCACAAAGUUACAUGGUCUGUGAACUUCAUGAAAAGAUCUCUUUUGUUUGGAGCUUUAUCAAAGCACACUUGAAAAUGAAGAUCAUUAUUUUUUUCUCCACCUGUAAAGAGGUGAAAUACUUCUUUGAGAUAUUCUCCAAGUUAAGGCCGGGCGUGAGUCUUAGCGCACUGUAUGGGACUUUGCAUCAGUUACGCCGAAUGGCCAUAUAUGAGGAUUUCUGUCGUAAAAAAUCGGCAGUCAUGUUUGCCACGGAUUUGGCAUCCCGUGGCCUUGAUUUUCCAGAAGUCCAUUGGGUGGUGCAAGCUGAUUGUCCAGAGGAUGUGGAGACUUACAUUCACAGGGUUGGCAGAACUGCAAGGUACUAUAAAGGCGGUAAAAGUUUGCUUCUUCUUAUGCCUACAGAAUUGAAAAUGUUGGAAUACCUUAGUGAGAAGGGAAUUUCAUUGGAAAAGAAGGAGAUGGAUGUCACCAAGCUAGUAGAUCCCGUGAGGAAAAUGGAAUCCUUUUUAUCGAAUGAUGCUGAAUUGAGAGCUACUGCGCAAAGGGCUUGCCACCACUAUGCACGGGCAAUGUGCUUCAUGAAACUGAAAGACGUGUUUCAACUGCAGAAGUUGGAUCUGGAAAAGUUCGCCCAUAGUUUGGGCCUCAAAGUGGCUCCCCGCAUCAGGUUUUUGGAAAAGAUGAACAAAAAGAAUGGCCAGAAUGGGAAGGAAGCUGUUAGCACCCCAGGUAUGGGCAAUAACAAGAUAUACUUCAAAGAAGAAGAGAUGAACCAGCAGUCUGAUUGUGCUAAUGUCGAGUUAUCCGAACAAAGUGGAAAUUCAGAUGAUGAGAAGGAGCUAAGACUUGAGAAACAUGGAAAUGUUGCAUCCGACUGUCUCUUUGUUGAAGAUGGCACUCUAGAAAUAGUGGCUGAAAAUAAGACAGUGGAUCCACUAACCCAGGAGCAGAUGGUAGAAGCCGCCAUGCCUAGGUCCAAAAAAGAUAAACCUCUCACAAAGGCCGCUAUUGCCAAGAAAGUUUUAAAGCAGAAGAUUGCGGUCAAUAAAAAAAUUGUCUUUGGUGAUGACGGAGAGCCAGUUGGUGAAAAUGUAGGCGUAAAUAAGUCCACGCCCGAAAAUGGUAUCGAGGCACAACUAGGGUUAGCGGUAGAUCAGCUGCUAUUGGCGUUGAAGGAACAUGACAAGACCGACCGACGCGUGCAUCAGGAUAAGGUCAAAGUAAAGCACAAGGAGAAGAAGAAAAAAUUGAAAAAUACCAACAAAAAGGAAGAAGAAGAGUUUGAAGAGAGCGAAGACGAGCACCAACCUGAUCUGUCGUGGUUACCUGAUCUGGAUAAAGUAUAUGGCAAUCAAGCCUCUGAUAAUGAGUCUCUUAAUGACCAUGUAGAGUUGGAACCUAGUAUGGAAGAAGACAUCAAUCAGAGUUCAGAUGAGAAAAGAAAUAAAAUGACUAAGAGAAAAAAUACAGAAUCUAAAUCUGGCCCUAAAAGUAAGAAAGUAAAGAAGAUAAAAGAAUUAAGUAAAGUGCUCGAUGUGAAUGAAACCGAAGAACUAGCACUGAUGCUUCUGAAGUCUAAAGAAUAA